UGAACGGGUUGAACUUGAUGUAACGUUUCUUUGAUAGCCCCACGUACGUGCUUUUUUGGGGGGCUGUUUUUGGUAAUUGCUAUGCAAUUGCUGCCGAACAUGUACAGAACUCUGGCGGAAAUUCAUCUGCCACUGAGCGGUGCUUUUAAGAGUAGGUGGCUCAUGUUUACACACAAGCUUGUGACGGGUGAUUUGUUAUUUGAUGUUCUCACGGACGUGGCGGAGGUGGCGAGAUAAAAGUCUAACCCCGGGUCACCCGAGCAGGACUGCGAACUCCGAUUUCAAAUAAAGUGAGCAAGUCCGUGGAGUUUGUACAUUCGGCCCGGAUAACACCAUGAAGUGCUGUUGCCCACUCGUGCUGUUCAUUUCAUGUCUCCUCCGGGGCGGACUGGCAGUGAACAGGCUGCACCAUUUGGCUGCUGUGGAAAUCGAAUGGACUUAUUCCAGAGAUUGGGGAGAAAGGCGUGUUUUCAGUUCUGCUGAAACGGACACUUAUUACAAGAUUGUUUACAAGGAGUACCGUGACGCUGACUUUAACAGAGAAAAGCCUGGCCCGAACUGGAGAGGGUUGCUGGGUCCCAUUCUACGAGCAGAAGUAGGAGAUACCUUACAGAUCCAUUUCAAGAAUAAAGCACCUUAUCCUUUAAACAUUCGACCGCAGGGAAUAAUGAACGGACAAUCAGCUGACGAGUUCUUCCAUAAAAACAAAUUACACUUUGAAGACAGAAAGGAACCCAUCGUACCAAACCAAGAGCAUACAUAUAUAUGGAAUAUCACAGAAGAAAUGGGACCAACCAUAUCUGAUCCUCAAUGCCUUACCUACACCUAUUCUUCUGAUAUUGAUGUAAUAAAAGAUUUCCACACUGGAUUGAUUGGAGCUCUACUGAUCUGUAAACCUGGUAGUUUGAAAAAGAAUGGCAAGCAAAAUGAUUUUAGAGAAGAAUUUGUUUUAUUAUUUUCAAUAUUUGAUGAAAGUAAGAACUGGUAUGAGUACGAAGAAAAGGCUCCAAUCAAAAUGUACUCCAUCAAUGGAUUUACAAAUGGCACUUUACCAGAACUUGGUGUAUGCACUCGUGAUGACAUUAGCUGGCAUUUAAUUGGAAUGAGCUUGGAUCCUGAAGUCUUCUCUAUUCAUUUCAAUGGCCAAGUCCUAUUGCACAAUAAUCACAGAGUAUCAUCUAUUGGCCUGACACCAGGCUCAUCUGUCACAGCUCAGAUGUCUCCCAUUCAAGUUGGAAAAUGGCUGCUCUCUUCUCAAGUACAACAUCAUCGCCUGGCUGGUCUGUAUGGGUAUCUCAACAUAAAAAAGUGCACGUCUGAGGAGUCACCAGGAAAAUACAAGUCAGGCAGACUGCGAAGAAAUUUUCGUGAAUAUUAUAUUGCAGCUGAAGAAGUUUUGUGGGAUUAUGCUCCUGAUAUUCAAACCUACGUGGACAGUGAUUUUAAAACCAAAUAUUUGGAUUCGGGACGAAACCGUAUUGGCAAAAUAUAUAAAAAGGCAAUAUAUGUCGAAUACACAGAUAAAACUUUCUCUGAACGUAAAGAACCGAAUGAAGGACCAGUUUCUAUAUUACAAGAUGGAAUUGGGGCCCCUAUUAUAAGAACUGAAGUUGGUGAUAAAAUUAAGGUUUAUUUUAAGAAUAUGGCUAGUCGUCCCUACAGCAUCUACCCUCAUGGUAUAACAGUGGAUAAGAACAAUGAAGGUGCUAACUACCCUGGGAAUUCCGCAAAUUCCACAAAACAGGUUGAUCCUGAACAAAUCCACAUUUACACUUGGAAGAUUUCUGAAGAUGUUGGACCAACUGCCUCAGACCCCAGGUGCCUAACAAGACUAUAUCAUAGUGCUGUUGAUGUCACUCGGGACAUUGCUUCAGGGCUUUUUGGACCACUUUUAAUCUGCAAGGACCUGUCCCUGGAUGCCAGGAAUUUGCAGAUAAGAGUAGAUGAAGAGCAACACGUCAUAUUUGCAGCACUUGAUGAGAACCAAAGCUGGUAUAUUGAUGAGAACAUUCAGUUAUACCUGAAUUCUUCCAACUUUGAUCCCACAGACCCUGAAUUUUACGAAUCAAACAUCAUGUACACGAUAAGUGGUCUUGUGUACGAAAGCAAAGAAUCAUUACCAUUCUGUGAGGGAGUUGUUACAUACUGGCAUGUUUCAAGUAUUGGUGCUCAAGACCACAUUCAAGCAAUUUACUUCCAUGGGCAUACCUUCAAGCACAGAAAAACAAAUGAAGAUGUGAUACAUCUCUUUCCUUUAAUGGGUGAAACUGUAACCAUGCAGAUGGACAAUUUGGGUGAAUGGCUCCUUGGAACUUUAAGUUCACGACAAGUGACCUAUGGUAUGAGGAUAAGAUUUAAAGUUUAUCGGUGUGAGGAUGAAGGCAUUGAAUACCCUUUAGUUUUCUUAAGGAUUCAAUCUGAUUCAGACAAAGUGCUUGUAGAGGUAAGUGAGGAAGCCAGUGAAGAAGAGCUUGAUGAUGAGGCACUUGCAAUUCUGAAAGAACUUGGAUUCCGAUCAUUCCACACACCACAAGAAGCAGAAGAGAAAGAAGAUAUAUUCCAGUUUAUUGAAGGUGAAACUGAUAAUUCAAGAGAGCUCAACACUAAAAUAUCUGAGGAGCAAGGUAGUCAAUUCCACUCAAAGGUUAGUGGAAGUCAGAAUAAAACGUACAGUGAUGCAAACAAAGAAAAGGUUGAUAUCUUGGAGUAUGAUAUGGCUCAAGAUGAGCUUGAGCAGCCUAAGGAAUUAGGUGAAAGUACACCGGAAGUGCCAUUAAACGAAGCAAUCAAUGAGAUGACACAAAAAGCUGAAAUAGAAUCUGAUGCAUAUGUGAUGAAUUUCACAUCCUCAAAUAUUCAUUUAAAGCAAAAUAGAACAGUUACGAUGGAGGGAGAUAUUAACGUGGAGAUUUUUGGAGAAGACUAUGAAGCAAAAACCAGCAGUAGUGUACUUCAAGAUUUUUUACUAAGCUCUGCUGCCAGAAAUACUAGCUUGAUAUUUAACACGAGCAAUCCAAAUACUGUGGUUAAUCCCUCUGUGAAGAAUAAGAGUUUAGCUGAGACUCCUACAGUAGUAGUAAAGCAAAAUAAUUUUCAAUUAACUGCAGAGAACAUCAGCUCCAUCAAUAUUAUUGAUGGUGAAAGAGAAGAGAAGUCUGAUCUAGUCCCACAAGAAAAUAACACAGAACUAAAGAGUCAAAAUGAGAAAACUGAAACUCUGUAUGAAAUGAGGAACACCGAUAAUUUUAAUGAAACCAGCACGGCAUCAAAUAAUACAGGCAGAAAAACAACGCUUUCAUCUCCUUCAUUAAAGCAGAAUGUGGCAACUUCACAAACAACUAACUUUACAGCUGGUUAUGAAAGAAAUCAAAUUAACUCCAAUGCAAAUAAUGAAAGUAAAAGUACAUCGACAGUUGACAUAGAACAGGGUAAUUUACUCAAUCAGUUGUCCCAUGAGGUUUUGGAACACGUCACCAAUACUUCAGAACAACUAGGAAUAGAAAGCAGUGAAAACUCUGACAAAGUAUUUAUUUACUUAAAGAAGUAUUCAACAGGCAAGCACAGGGUUCGAUUUCAGGGAACACCUCUGAAACCCAAUGGAUCGUAUUUGAUGUACCAAGUGGAAGAAAAGGGCAUUAGUGUUACAGAGUUAAAGCAUUUGAAAAAAUAUGUAAAGCUGGCAAUACAUGAUAAUUCUGCAAGAAAAUUCAAAACCGAAGAAAAUGUUAGAAGGCAGACUGCAAUUAAAACAAUGCUGAAACGCAGAAAAUUGCUGAAGGAUCAAAUGUCUCCAAGAGGGUUCAAACCUGGUCUUAAAAAAAGAAUUCAUGUUCCUUUAGGCAAAAAACGUAUGUCACCAAGAGGAUUUCAAGUUAAACCUAAUUCAAUAAUUUUUCAAGAUGACAGCUCAAAUAGUAUUAUAAUAGGAAUUCCAAAACGUAAAAAUGGGGCCACUCUUGAUUACGAUGAAUAUAUUGCAAAUGCGGAUGCAGACCUUCUUGGAGCUGCUAGAAAAAAUAGUGAAGCUGAGACAGAUUUAGAUUCUAUGAACCCUUAUACUAAUGACAGACGAACUCAUUCAGACAUGUCCCGAGAUCCAGAAAUAAUCGUUGAGCAUUACUUACGGAGCUACAGAGGAAAUGUGAGGCAUUACUUUAUUGCAGCUGAAGAAAUUUUGUGGGAUUAUACUGGAAAUACUAUACAUUCAGCAGAGCAAACAAAUACACUGUAUAAAAAAGUCAUUUUCCGGAGAUACACAGAUGCGUUAUUUAGGGAACGCUAUGAUCACGGAGAAAGAUACGACCACUUGGGAAUACUUGGACCUGUCAUCAGAGCAGAAGUUAAUGAUGUCAUCAAGGUUCUCUUUAAAAACUUGGCUUCAAGACCAUACUCUAUUCAUGCCCAUGGAGUGUCAUAUGAAAAGUCAUCUGAAGGAGUGAAAUAUGAAGAUUACUCUACUGACUGGUUUAGAUCAGAUGAUGCUGUUCCCCCAAACAGCACGUACACUUACGUAUGGAAUGUGCCGCCUCGAUCAGCACCAACUUCAUACGAUUCAGUCUGCAAGGCCUGGGUCUAUUAUUCCAGUGUGGACUAUGUGAAGGAUAUUAACUCUGGAUUGAUUGGGCCUCUGUUGAUCUGUAAGAAUGGAACACUGAACACCUUUAAUGAAAUUCCCAAUGAUGCUCGUGAAUUUGUUUUGCUCUUCAACACUUUUGAUGAAACUAAAAGUUGGUACCUGAACGAGAACAAGGACCGACUUUGUAAAGAAUCCUGUGAGAUAAGCAAGAGCAAUUCCAAUUUUAAACAGCACAGUACAUUUCACGCUAUAAAUGGAUUUGUCAAAGCAUCUUUAAGGGGUCUCGUGAUAUAUGUAGAAGAGCGGGUGCGAUGGUAUUUGAUUAAUGUGGGAGGCUCAGAUGAUGCGCAUGCUAUACGUUUCCACAGCCAGACAUUUAUUGAAAGGAGGGAAAGUGAACAUCGUCUGGGCAUUUACAACUUGUAUCCAGGUGCCUUUAGAACCAUUGAAAUGCAGUCAUUAAAACCUGGCACAUGGCUUUUAGACUGUGAAAAUGGAAUGCAUUACAAAGGAGGAAUGCGGGCACAUUUGCUUGUUCUAUCUAAAGGUUGCGAUUAUCCCUUGGGUAUGGCAUCUGGAAGUAUAACUGAUCCUCAAAUCACUGCGUCAGACUAUGUGGACAACUGGAAGCCAAGUCUAGCACGAUUACACAACAACGACAUGAUCAAUGCCUGGAGUGCUGAAAAGCACACGAACAAGAAGCUCUGGAUUCAAGUCGACCUGGAAAGGCCAAUGGUGAUCACUGAGAUUGCCACCCAAGGAGCCAGCACAAUGUUUGUGCAAAAUUAUAUUACAGCCUUUUCCAUUGAAUACAGCAGGGAUGGGGAAAAUUGGAGGUAUUACAAUGGAAACAGCAGAAGCUACAAACAAGUGUUUAAAGGAAACUCUGAUGCUGCAGAAGUAAAGUUUAACAGGUUCAACCCUCCUAUUGUUGCAAGGUAUCUAAAAUUAAAUCCGGUAUCCUUCCGAGUCAGACCUACUCUUCGCAUGGAAUUAUAUGGCUGUGAAAUAGACUUCUGUUCACAACCUCUGGGAAUGAAGAAUGGAAUUAUUGAAGAUUCCCAGAUAACAGCUUCAUCCUACUGGAGCUCAUGGUGGGGUUCUUGGAAGCCGUCACUUGCACGUCUGGAUUUGGAAGGCAGAAUCAAUGCAUGGAGGUCAAAUAAACAAAAUGCAGACCAAUGGCUCCAGGUUAACUUCCUGAAGAAAAAGAAGAUAAGUGGCAUCAUUACGCAAGGGGUCAGAUCCCUCACCACCACAAUGUUUGUGCAGACCUAUUCUGUGCAUUUUAGCAAUGAUGGAGAAAUAUGGCUACCAUAUACAGAUUAUCAGGAUGGGGGUGAGAAGAUAUUCACAGCAAACACAGAUUACUACCAGCAUAAAAAAGGCUACAUCAAUCCACCUAUUUUUGCCAAAUAUAUCCGGAUUAUUCCAAAAACCUGGUACAAUGAGAUUGCACUUCGAGUUGAAUUCUUUGGAUGUGCUUUGGAAUGAAGAUAUUUUUAGGGCAUUUGUAGGAGAAAGUAGAACGUUUUGUAAAAAGACUUUUUGUAUUAAAAUUAUGCCUCUUUAUGAAACACCCAACAUUCACUAAUAAUGAGAAAAUGCUAAUGUAAAAAAAAGGUAAAUUUUAAUUAACAAAUUCUUUUUUAGUUAAAAAUAAUUUAUAAAUUGUCAAAAUAUAACCCAAAAUAUCAGAUUGGUUAGUUAGCUCUGCAUCAUAGACUGUUGGUCUUGCCAGAGGUUUUUUUUUUAAAAAAGUUAUAUAACAUGUGCAGUACCUUUUAGAAUGUAUUUGUUAUUUUCUUAAAACACGUAUUAUUUAUUUUGUUGUUUGGAAUUUACUCUUAUUAGUCAUGAGUAAGAAGGAAAAGGAGAAGUUAGGGCAAGAAAAAUUAGACAGGUUUGAAGAAUCAUAUGAUGAGCCAUUAAAACACCACUAUUCCUCUCUCUCAUUAGCAAACAGCCCUAUGGUCUUCUGGAACUAUGGCAAAUUUACCUUUAUCUUAUCUCAGCAAGCGUUAUGGAGUAUUUCAUAUUUUUUUUCUAUCAUGGUAUGUGAGCAUCACUGACCAGGCCAAAAUUUGCUCAUUCCUAAUUGUUACGACAGGGGAAUGGCCAAACCCCUCUGAUAGUUAAAGCAAAACAGAAGCCUCAAUCUGCUAUGACAGGAUUAGAGGUUCCCUUCUAAUAAUUAUCCCCGAAUCACCCAGAGAAGCUCACCUUUCCCCUCGUAAUCUUUUAAAACUGUGGUAAAAAGAAAGAAAAUUCCUGAUUUCCACUUUACAGGUAACAAGAAACUAUUUAUUUAACCCAACAAUGAACAAAUUAACAAAAUUACUAACAAACCAACAAUUCCCCCUGAGACUAUGAACCACCCCCUAAAUGGUCUAAAUUCUACUGGAAUGCUGUUUAAAUAAAGACAACUUCUACCAAUAUAAACCCAAUUAAUAAGAAGCAAUAAAUUAUAACUUAAUCUCUCCAUGUUCGCACAGACUGUCUUUGGGAAUAUUCUGUCAUCUCCACUCUCUUCACAAAACUUCUCUUCUGCUAAUUCUGCUGUAAGGGAUGUUUUAUCUCUAUAAUUUCCUCCAAUGAGGACUUUGAGCUAAAAUACCAUGGUACCUUUGAUUAAUUAGAUGGGCUUUCUCUGAGAGCUGAAUAGUGCUAACUCUAGCAGGUGGCAGUUGUCUCUCUGCUGAUUUUGCAAAUGCCCUCAUCUUGUAUAUGCAUAAUGACAUAAUCUUAUUCUUACAAUAUGAUUAGUUUCAGGUUGUCAACACCAUCCGAUUUAAAUUCAGUUGGCUUUGGUGCUUUGUUUAAAUUCAUUGGCCAAAUUCAAAAUUGUUGUCUUGGAAAAAGUGUUGCUUGGCUGUUCUAUACAAAAUGUUUCCAUUCGGGCACUCUCUGUGCACCUGCAUUUGUAAACUUCCAAACACACAAAGCACAAGCUGUUAUAGAGACCACAGCACUCUUUUCCCCAUGAUCAUUUUUUCCAAUGAAUUCUAACUUCCUGCCUUCCAAUUCAUGAAUACUUUACCCAACUUCGUAACACAAUGGCCUCUGACUUGAAUGGCUAGACCACUUCAGGGGACAGUUAAGAAUUAAACAUAUUGCUGUGGAUCUGGAGUCACUUGUAGGCAAGACCAGAUAAGGUGAUAUAUUCCUCCCUAAAAGGGAAUAGUGAGUCAGGUGGGUUUAUUGUAAGAGUCACAAAGAACAAUUCAAUUGCAGAUUUCAAUUCCAUUUUUUAUUGAAUGAAUUUAAAAUCUACCAGCUAUCCUAUGGAGAUUUGACCAUGUGUCCUCAAAGUAUUAACCUGAGCAUCUGGAUUAGCAGUCCGGUAACAUUACCGUUGUGCCAUUUCCCCUUAAAGCUAAGGAGUUGAUUACUUUUGCAAUGUUCCGAAAAGACAAAUGUCAUUAAUUGAAUUGAGCAUCAAUGUUAUGAAAUAAAGAAGCUUAAUUCAUAUUUAUCCUCAUUUCAAAGAACAUGGGGUCCCCAAUUUAUGAACAUCCAAUUUACAAAUGCUCAUACUACAGGGGUGUAAUUGUAAAGAUCCAACAAAUGAACAUUUCCUGUACUUACGAACUGCCACUUUCUAUUGUCCUACAUUGUGUUCUGACUUGUGUACAAAUCGACUUAACAAACAGUCUCAAGAAAGGAACCCGUUCAUAAUGCGGGAACUGCCUGUACCUACCUUCAAUAAGAUUCUAUCUACGUACAGAAAGGGAUAAUAUUGUUACACUCUGGGCUAUACCAUUGUACAUUUAGCACGGGCACAACCUUAACGUAAUUUGAGUGACAACCACUACUAUAUCUGGUAGAUUCUAAGAUAACCCUGAAAUUGUAAAUGUAACAUUGAUGCCUUCAAAAGUAAAAAGGCCCAUUACAAGCAAUGAGUUGAUCAAAUCGAACCUGUGGCCAUGUGUAUUCCUCUGUUAAUAACUUCUCCAAACUUUUACAAUGUCAAUCUACUCCAAAACUAUUCCACUAAUUUUUCAAAGAAUGCAAUAAAAUCUCUUCUUCUCCUAAAUUGA